CCGAAACCGAAACCAAAUUCUAAAUCCCACCCCACACUUAAUUCCAAACCUUACCCUCUGCAAACUCAAAAGUUUUUAGUAGCUAGGUUCCACUUUUCCAUAAUAUUGAAGUGGGCGGCUACAUUAAUCCAAAAACCAUUGCACCUGGGAAGCCAUGGAGGGGAUACUAUUACUCUGCGUGGCUCUAGUCAUAAUUACAGGUUUCGGUAUUAGCGGCACCGCCACCACCAUCACCACUUACCCCGAUUUCCAAGAGUUGCACGUCAAACAAACAAUCGCUUCUGCUUCUGCUGCCACCAAGCUAUACAAGGAAGAAGAUGAUGAUGGUGGUAGCGAAAGCGGAGGAGCAAGAUGGAAGGUGAAGGUGGUUCAUAGAGAUAAGAUAUUCCCGCAAGCGCCAUACAACAAGAGCAGCGGCAGCAAUUCACAUCAUCAUCAUCUGUUUCAUGCACGCAUCAACAGAGACGUGAAAAGGGUUGAUAGCCUUAUGCGUCGCCUCGGAAAUAGUAAACUAGUCGUCAAUUCCGCCACGGACUUUGGAACGGAGGUGGUUUCGGGGAUGGCGCAAGGCAGCGGUGAAUACUUUGUUAGGAUCGGCGUUGGCAGCCCUCCCAGAAGCCAAUACGUGGUCAUUGACUCCGGCAGCGAUAUUGUGUGGGUCCAGUGUCAACCUUGUAGCCAGUGUUAUCAGCAGUCCGACCCGAUCUUCGACCCGGCACACUCUGCUUCUUACUCCGGCGUGUCUUGCACCUCCACCGUGUGUGGCCGCCUCCAGAACCCGGGCUGCCACGCAGGUCGGUGCCGGUACGAGGCUUCCUACGGCGACGGCUCCUACACGCAGGGCACUCUCGCCCUCGAAACAGUCACCUUCGGCCGCGCUCUCAUCCGCAACGUGGCCAUCGGCUGCGGCCACAUGAACCGGGGCAUGUUCGUCGGAGCCGCAGGUCUUUUGGGCCUCGGGAGUGGGCCCAUGUCAUUCGUCGGCCAGCUGGGCGGCCAGACUGGCGGUGCAUUUUCCUACUGCUUGGUCAGCCGGGGUGACGUCGGCGACUCCACCACCGGCUCACUCGAGUUCGGGCGUGCCGCGAUGCCCGUGGGUGCUGCGUGGGUCCCUCUGAUCCGGAACCAACGGGCCCCGAGUUUCUACUACGUUGGCCUCGCGGGCCUUGGUGUCGGAGGCAUGCGGGUCCCAAUAUCCGAAGACGUGUUCCGGCAGACGGAGCUCGGUGACGGAGGCGUUGUUAUGGACACCGGAACGGCCGUCACCAGGUUCCCGACGUUGGCUUAUCAGGCAUUCCGCGACGCGUUUCUUCAGCAAACCGCAAACCUCCCUCGGGUCUCCGGAGUCUCCAUCUUUGACACGUGUUAUGACCUGAACGGCUUUGUGUCGGUUCGGGUACCGACCGUUUCCUUUUAUUUCUCGGGCGGGCCCAUCCUGACCCUUCCGGCAAGGAACUUUCUGAUUCCGGUGGAUGACAAGGGUACGUUUUGUUUGGCAUUUGCUCCUUCCGCUGCGGGGCUUUCCAUAAUAGGGAAUAUUCAGCAAGAGGGCAUUCAAAUCUCAUUUGAUGGAGCUAAUGGUUUUGUAGGAUUUGGACCCAAUGUCUGCUAGCUAGCUCCUACUUAUUUUCUAAACUUCAAUCUUGGAUGAUCAUAUAUUUAUAUAUGUAUGCUAAACUAGUAUAAUUAAUCGACUAGCUAGAUAUUACAAAUUCAUAUGCAUGAAUUUUGGUAGCUUAAUUAGGUAGUUAAUGUUCAUAUGUAUUAAUAGCUGAUGCAUAUCUAGUAUCAAACCGCCAACGACCGGCGAGCAAAUAAAACGUUCAUCAAUGUAAUGUGAAUCAUGUGGCUUUUGGCUCUUCACUUUU